CCAUAUUAAGUCUAUUUCAAUCUCUUUGGUGCAAUCUUGCAUAAUCAUACGCUUCACAAAAAUUUACUCUUCACAUUUUAUAUAAUAUUUCUUCGGCCUUCCUAACUCAUUCCAAUUGAUUUGGCCCCGAUUGGGCCCAAACCCGUCGUCAUGGCUAAAGACGCUGUUGUCGCAGCUCCUGCUGCUGCUGGUCCUGGCCCUGGCAUAUACAGUGCAACAUAUAGUGGUAUUCCCGUUUACGAAUUCCAGUUUGGCGCAGACCUCAAGGAACAUGUUAUGCGGCGAAGACAAGACAAUUGGAUCAAUGCGACGCACAUACUGAAGGCCGCAGGUUUCGAUAAGCCUGCUCGAACUAGAAUCCUCGAGCGCGAGGUCCAGAAGGACGUACAUGAAAAGAUUCAAGGUGGCUAUGGAAAAUAUCAAGGUACCUGGAUACCUCUAGAGGCUGGAGAACAACUCGCGCGGCGAAACAACGUUUACGACCGCCUUCGCCUCAUAUUCGAGUUUACACCAGGCAACCAAAGUCCUCCUCCAGCACCCCGCCAUACCAGUAAACCUAAGGCACCUAGGAAGCCUGCUGUACCAAAAUGGGGCAAAGGUGCUCCCCCGCCCCCUUCAGACAUUGAGAGUGUCAGUCAGCAACUUAACGAGGACGAUACGCCCGACAACGCUACUGUCGCCUCGGUGUCCUACAUGGCUGAAGAUGAUCGCCAUGAUGUGGCGCAUUACCCUACUGGCCCUCCCGGUCCUACUGGUCCUGCUAAUAGCCGUAACAAGAGAAAGCGCGAGGAGGCCAUACAAGAUCUCACGGAGCAACAACACGCUGUCUAUGGCGAUGAGUUACUCGACUACUUCCUUAUUUCUCGCCAAGAGACUCCCACCUUCCGUCCCGAGCCCCCUCCUAAUUUCCAACCCGACUGGCCGAUCGAUACAGAGAAGCAUACUGCUCUCCAUUGGGCUAGCUCCAUGGGCGAUGUGGAUGUUAUCAAGCAGUUGAAGCGAUUUGGGGCGAACCUAGGUGUACGAAAUCGCAAGGGCGAGACCCCCUUCAUGCGAUCUGUUAAUUUCACCAACUGCUACGAUAAACAGACCUUCCCAGUCGUUAUGAAGGAACUAUGGGACACCAUUGACCAACGCGAUGACUUGGGAUGUACCGUCAUUCAUCAUGCGGCCACCAACAUGAGCGGCCGACUUACAAGCACUUCUUGCUGCCGCUACUACUUGGACAAUCUUCUCAACAAGCUACAGGAAACAUAUGACCCGAACCUUGUUCAGCACCUCAUUGAUGCUCAAGAUCAUGCCGGCAACACCGCGCUACAUCUAGCAGCCAAGUCGAAGGCCCGCAAAUGCAUCCGAGCCCUCCUAGGUCGUGGUGCUUCCACAGACAUCCCCAACGCUGAAGGAAUCCGAGCAGAAGAUCUGAUCAAGGAACUGAAUGCUACAAAGAAUCCCAAGGAGCGGCUACCGCAGCGUUCAUCGUCGCCAUUCGCGCCUGAAUCCCAACGCCAAGUAUCUUUCCGCGACUCUCUUGCCGAGUUGCUUAAUAAAAACGCUCUCUCGUUUAGCUCUGAGGCCGCGACGAAAUUCCAGAGUAAUAUUACUCCAAUGUUAAUAGAUAAAAUCCAGGACUUUGCCCAGAUCUACGAUGAAGAAUGGAAAGAGAAGAACGACGCUGAACAAGAGGCCCGCCGUAUCUAUGCAAACACUCAAAACGAACUGGCCGUAGUUCGUGAACAAAUCGGAGAGCUCAACUCGCAGCUAGAGUCACCGGAGUCGGCUUCCAAAACCGUUGGCGACGCCGCCAUGUUACAGCAGCAAAUCCUUUCUCUCCUCGCAACUCAAAGCCGGUACCACGUCAAAACGUCCGUCGACCAAAUCCUAUCUAUGAUGAACGGCGAAGGGGACGAUUCUUACGAGGAGCGAAUGAAGCUGGCCCAGGAGCUUAAGGAGCUCGUCGAGGAGCAGCGAGGCGUCGAGAAAGAGUACGUAGAUGCUCUGGCUGCCGCCGGCAACGUCGAGAAGAUCGACAAGUACCGACGGCUGCUGAAGCAGUGCCUCGAUCCCGAGGCUGCGGAGAACUUGGACUCGAGCCUUGAUGACCUGAUCGAGAUGAUGGAGGAGGAACGUAGUGAGGGACUCUCCGGUAUCCAUAGUCAGGGUGACUCUAUGCUAUGAUAAUCCAAUCUUACUCUACUUUACGGCCGGCGGAGAUAGUCGGUUGGUUUGGGGAGGGAUUUUGCCUUUUUUUUUUCGAGUUUAUCUUUCCGUUCAGUCAGUCAGUCAAGUCAGUUGGCUACAUAAGUCACGCGGUAACGUCUCUUGAUGUCAUAUGGAUACCAAUCAAUGUGUACCUAGGUUCAUGCGUUCUGGCGAAGUUGGCGUUUUUUUUUUCUUCUGUGGAGUUUUCUUUUUCGAGUAAUCAUGUUUUUUUUCUUAGGGAAGGGAAAGGAUUGAUUAUUCAGUUGACCUCAUGAGCAAUAUGGAUGAAGGGUGAAGGGAGGGGGGAGGACUUUUGACGCUUCAGAGAUGAAAUCAAUCGAUCAAUUACCUACCUAAUCACCCCAAAACAAUAAAUGUCCCGUUGACUCGUUCUCUACAGUAGGUAGGUAUUCUUUCUUUCUGCUUAUGCUAUAACGCUAUGU